UAUCCCCCUCGAGACCAUUGGAUAAUUGAAGACCAGUCGAUAUUAGGAUGGUGGGAAGAUCAUCUUCUGCGAGGAAAACAGUCGGACGUGAGGAAAACUAGGAAAGAUUUAUUCAUGCUGGAUGAAGAACAACUAAAAUAUGACAUACUGGAAGAGGAUAGUGCAGUAUUUCGAGAUGAGCAGGGAGAGUUAGUAUGUGUUGCAAUGCGUGAUCUGUGCAGUGAUCCAAAAAUGGUGCGGUGGGCAGAUUCCGUUGUGCUGAAGAAUGUGGAGAUAGAAAAGAACAUCCGGGUGAGUGAAGCUAGAUUGUGGAAGGAAGAUGCAGGGAGCAUUGUGAUAACGGGAUGGUCGGGAGGGGCAUUGUCAAGGCCUGCAUUUAAUUGGGUAAAAAAUUUCACAAAAAAGGUAUCCGAAGAGGAGAAAAGGAGCAUACGAUAUGAAGCAGCAUCAGUAUUUGCAGUGUUCUGGAACCUUGUGCGAACACACGGUCCACCGGAAGUAAUCACCGAUCUUGAGCACUUCAUUAAAGACAGUGGAUUGUAUCGGAUGGACAAACAUGUACACGGUGGAGGUGGAGAGAACAGGUACACAGUGCCUGUAGAUGGAGUAGAGAUCACAUUUGACGGAGCAGACAUGGCACCACCUGCAGGAGUAUUUGCAAGGAACUAUGCAAGACCUGUACAUCGCGAGAACCAACCACAUAAUUGGUCAGCAGCAUGGACAACCUAUUGCGAUCAAAGCGUGAAAGGCGGAAAUUUUUACAUUUCAGAAUACGGUAUUCGGAUUCGAUCAGCUGCAAAUACGGUGGUGUUCUGGAAACCAAGAGAUUAUCAUGCAACCAGCUUGCAGGAUAUAGACCCAUCGGAGAAGGCAGGGCCACAUGUGCAAAGUGGACUAUCUAUUGUGACAUCGUUGCGACUGCCCAGUAUUUUCAAGCAGUAUUUGGAGGGCACAAUUUCUGAAGAGGGGAUGGUGAAAAAAUGUUACCUCGAAGGACAUGAUGAAUAG